GAAGAGUAAACAAAACAUUUAUUUUAUUUUAUUAGCCGCUUCUAUUUGUCGUUACUCUACCAAAAUGACUGCGAUCGAUAAAAUACAAGUGUUGGAUUCCAUCGAAAAGGAACUGAUCAUGUGUUUACAGAGUGCAGGACAAGCGUUGCUCGAGCUCAGCAAGGAGAAGACCAGUCAAAAAGCCACCGAAACCCACACGAAUCAAUUCCUAAAAUCAUUGAACACUGUCGAAUCUAAACUUUCCGAGCAAAUCAACUAUUUGACGCAGGUGUCCACCGGACAGCCACACGAGGGAUCUGGUUAUGCGGCAGCAAAAGUUCUCCAGAUGGCUUGGCAUCGUAUCCAGCAUGUCAAGUCUCGCAUUAAGGAGCUGGAAGAGUGCAAAAUGAAAUACGUCCAGGCGGCCAACAGGCUUCAGUCGCAGCGUGUCGGACAAAAUCCUGCCUCCACAACAGCAGGUGUUAUGUUGUAAGUGAUACUGUUAUGGGCAUACGAUAUUGGAAUAAAAACAACUCAUUAUUUUACGAUAAA